AUGGCAUCUACGGCAGUCGCACAGAACGGCGCAGCCUCGGCGCAGGCCGGCCCGGUGCUGCCACCCAAUGCAUCUCGGCUUCCGCAAACGGCGCAGCUGGAUGCACUGCUCACCAUCAUUCGUGACACAUCGACACCGCGAUCCGACUUCAUCUUUUACUCGGAUCGCAUCAUUCGUCUGUUGGUAGAGGAGGGUCUCAACCACCUCCCCACAGUGCCCAAGAGUGUGAUGACGCCGACGGGCUUCGAGUACUCGGGUGUGGAGUUUCAGGGCCGCAUCUGCGGAGUGUCGAUCCUGCGUGCCGGCGAGGCGAUGGAGGCGGGUCUGCGAGAGUGCUGCCGCAGCGUACGUAUCGGCAAGAUCCUCAUCCAGCGCGACGAGGAGACGGCCAAGCCAAAGCUGUUCUACGCCAAGCUGCCCGAAGACAUUGCGGACCGUUGGGUGCUGCUGCUCGACCCCAUGCUCGCCACGGGCGGCAGUGCAAUCAAGGCCAUCGAGGUGCUCAUCGAGAACGGCGUCAAGGCCGAACAGAUCCUCUUCUUGAACCUCAUCGCGAGUCCGGAAGGCCUCAACAACAUGUAUUCACAAUUCCCCCAGGUCAAGGUCAUCUCGGCUUGGGUCGACGAGAGGCUCGACGAGAAGAGCUACAUCAUCCCAGGCCUCGGCGACUACGGCGACCGCUACUACAGCGGAUAG